AUGCAUCUCUCUACUCUCCUCGUUGCUGCCCUUCUCUCCCCGGCUCUGGCCCAUCCUGGCCCUCAUCCCCCCAUCCAGAAAGGAGAAGUCCUUCGUCGAUCUGGUCUCUCUGCGCGAUGCUCUGACCAUGUCGCCCGGUUCAACGAGAAGCGAUGGAAGCGCAACCUGAACAAGCGAUCCUCCAACACGACCUACCAGAUCACCUCCGAGGCACCCUACUACAACACCAUCCAGAAUGACACCUGCGUGCUGACUCCAGAGGUGACCGAGGGCCCGUAUAUCUGGCCUCAGUCGCAGACGCUGCGACAGGACAUGAGCGAAGGCCAGCCUGGUGUGCCUCUCUGGCUGGAUGUGGGCGUGUUGGACAUGGCCACGUGUGAGCCUCUGGAAGGAGUGCUGGUCGACUUCUGGCACUGCAAUGCCACUGGCAGCUAUUCCAGCUUUACUGGAUUGUCUCCGAAUACCCCUUUUGAAACGCUGUUGAAGCAGUUGAACGUGUCUUCGUACGAGAUGGGCACCACUGAUCUGCACACGGACGAUACGACCUUUUUGCGAGGAAUGUGGCCGACGGACAAGAAUGGCAUGAUGGAGAUGAAAACAACUUUCCCUGGCUUCUAUGUCGAACGAGCCAUCCACAUCCACGUCCAGGUGCACACCGACUGGGUCACCCGCGGCAAUGGCACCAUCGCCAAAGGCAAGACGGUCAGUACCGGCCAGCUCUACUUUGACGAGGCAUUGGAAAAGAAGAUCAUGGCAUUGGAGCCAUAUGUGUCGCACACGGAGAUCAACCGGACGACCAACGCAGCGGAUUCGGUCUAUUCGCAGGAUACAGAGGGAGGAUACAACCCGGUCAUCUCGGUGGUUCCCAUUGAUGGAGAAGAUGUGACCAAGGGGAUGGUGGGAUACAUCACCAUUGGGGUGGAUACAACUGCCGUGGAGGAUGAAGUGGCUGUAUAG